CCUGCGGGAGAGCCGGUCGGGCUACGAGCGGGGCGGGAGCGCGUCUCAGCUCGUUCCCGGUGCUACCCUCCGGUCCGCCGUGCUCUGGCCUGGGGUCUCGGGACGGGAAGCUCGGCGAAGGAAAGCGAGUGUGGGGAGCAGGGCGGAGGGGUCGAGGCGCGCUGCGCUGCCUCCUGGUCCUCGCCGGGUGCUGCGGGCCCCGGGCGCGCGGGGCUCCGCGGCGCGCGCACUAUGCGGGCGGAUUGCCGGCCGCCGGGAUGGCGAGCCGGGCGCCGCUGAGAGCCGCGCGCAGCCCGCAGGAUCCCCGAGGCCCGGCCGCGCCCGCCGCCACCGGCCGGGCCCCGCUGCCCAGCGCCGGCUGCUGUCCCCUCCCUCCUGGCCGCAACUCCUCCUCCAGGCCUCGGCUGCUCCUUCUACUGCUCCUACUGCUCCCGGACGCUGGAGCCCAGAAAGGUGAUGGAUGUGGACACACUGUUCUAGGCCCUGAGAGUGGAACCCUUACAUCCAUCAACUACCCACAUACCUAUCCUAACAGUACUGUGUGUAAAUGGGAGAUUCGAGUAAAGACCGGAGAAAGAAUUCGCAUCAAGUUCGGUGACUUUGACAUUGAAGAUUCUGAUUAUUGUCACCUUAAUUACCUGAAAAUCUUUAAUGGAAUUGGAGUCAGCAGAACGGAAAUAGGCAAGUACUGUGGUCUGGGUUUACAAAUGAAUCAGUCAAUUGAGUCCAAAGGCAGCGAAAUCACAGUGCUGUUCAUGAGUGGAAUCCAUGCUUCUGGACGAGGAUUUUUGGCUUCUUACUCAGUUAUAGAUAAACAAGAUUUAAUCACUUGUUUGGAUACUGUAUCUAAUUUUUUGGAACCUGAGUUCAGUAAGUACUGCCCAGCUGGCUGCCUGCUGCCUUUUGCUGAAAUAUCUGGAACGAUUCCUCAUGGAUAUAGAGAUUCUUCACCGCUGUGUAUGGCUGGAAUCCAUGCAGGAGUAGUGUCAGAUGUGCUGGGUGGCCAAAUCAGCGUUGUGAUUAGCAAAGGCACCCCGUACUACGAAAGUUCUUUGGCCAACAAUGUCACUUCCAUGGUGGGAUACUUAUCUGCGAGUCUGUUUACAUUUAAGACAAGUGGUUGCUAUGGGACUCUAGGGCUGGAGUCCGGUGUGAUCGCCGAUCCCCAGAUAACAGCAUCAUCUGUACUGGAGUGGACUGACCACAUGGGGCAGGAGAACAGCUGGAAACCCGAGAAGGCCAGGCUGAGAAAACCGGGGCCUCCCUGGGCUGCUUUUGCCACUGAUGAGCAUCAGUGGCUGCAAAUUGACCUUAAUAAGGAGAAGAAGAUAACAGGCAUCGUAACCACUGGAUCUACCCUGGUAGAGCACAAUUACUAUGUGUCUGCCUACAGAGUUCUGUACAGUGACGAUGGGCAGAAAUGGACUGUGUACAGAGAACCUGGUGUGGCUCAGGACAAGAUAUUUCAAGGAAACAAAGAUUAUCACAAGGAUGUUCGUAAUAACUUUUUGCCACCAAUUAUUGCACGUUUCAUUAGAGUGAACCCUGUCCAGUGGCAACAGAAAAUUGCCAUGAAAGUGGAACUGCUGGGAUGUCAGUUCACUCUGAAAGGUCGCCUUCCAAAGCUUACUCAGCCUCCCCCACCUCGGAACAGCAAUAACCUCAAAAACACUACAGUUCAUCCCAAACUAGGUCGUGCCCCUAAAUUUACUCAAGCACUCCAACCACGAAGUAGGAAUGACCUUCCUCUGCUGCCGGCACAGACAACUGCCACUCCUGACGUAAAAAACACGACUGUGACUCCCAGUGUAACCAAAGAUGUUGCACUGGCCGCUGUUCUGGUUCCUGUGCUGGUCAUGGCCCUCACCACACUCAUCCUCAUUCUAGUGUGUGCUUGGCAUUGGAGAAACAGAAAGAAAAAAGCCGAAGGCACCUAUGAUUUACCCCACUGGGAUCGGGCAGGCUGGUGGAAGGGAGUGAAGCAGCUUCUCCCUGCCAAAUCGGUGGAACACGAGGAGACGCCAGUGCGCUACAGCAACAGUGAAGUUAGUCACCUGAGCCCGAGGGAAGUCACGACAGUGCUGCAAGCUGAUUCUGCAGAAUACGCACAGCCCCUCGUGGGAGGAAUUGUUGGCACACUCCAUCAGAGAUCUACCUUUAAACCUGAAGAAGGAAAAGAAGCGAGCUACGCAGAUCUGGACCCCUACAACUCUCCAGUACAGGAAGUGUAUCAUGCCUAUGCUGAGCCACUGCCGGUAACAGGGCCUGAGUACGCAACCCCAAUCGUCAUGGACAUGUCAGGGCACCCCACAGCCUCAGUUGGUCUGCCCUCCACAUCCACUUUCAGAACUGCAGGGAACCAGCCUCCCGCAUUAGUGGGAACUUACAACACUCUUCUCUCCAGGACUGACAGCUGUUCCUCGGGCCAGGCUCAGUAUGACACCCCAAAAGGUGGGAAGCCAGCAGCUGCCCCAGAGGAACUGGUGUACCAGGUGCCGCAGAGCGCCCAGGAAGCAUCAGGAGCAGGAAGGGAUGAGAAAUUUGAUGCUCUUAAAGAAAUCCUUUGACGGUGGUGCUGCUUUUUACAAAGCAUCCAUUUAAAAGCACAUGGCUUUUUAAUUCUUAGUGGUAGUAAUAGUAGAAUGUAUUACGUAUCUGUCACUAAAGUGGUUAGGGGAUGUGGUGACCGAGGUACAAGAAACUACUUGCCUUGCCAUCUUGCUUUAAAGGUGUUCCUAUGUGGCACAGUUACUGCUUGCCUGUUACAUUUGAAACAUCCUGUUUGUUACUACUGUAAAACACUAUUUUUAAUACAGAAAAAGCUCCCUAUAAUGCACUUCAAAGAAACUGAAAAUCACUGAGUAUUUAUUACCAAUGCUGCAGGUACAUUAAUGAACUUGAGAUGGUUCUGUAGGCCUUGCUGGCAAUAAUGCAUGGUACUGUUCUUGAAAUAUUGAAUGGCUUGAAAUUCUCCCCUUGUGAAGGUGGGUACUAUCAUGCUUUCCUUCUCCUCUAAUCCUGUAUCACUGUCUGCAUUCUUUGUUUUCCCCUCACAGCCAUCAGUGAUUGAUAAGCAUUGUUCUAGCUGUAGCCAUGUGCACAUCUUUGUAUUUCCCUAGGAAGGGGCACAGUUAGAACAGCCUGCCUUGCAGUGAGCUGGGCGGCCGGCUUCUUGUUUGAUGACACUCUUAACAGUAUCAACUCCUCAUGGUACAGGAGGACAUGGUCUCACCUCUGCUCAUCCCAUCCUGGACCCCUUGCUCCAACCUGUGUUGAUAAGUGCUAGUGGCCUCCUUUUCAGUAAGCCGUCACAGGAAGCCAGUCCUUUCUGUCUUUAAGUGGACUUUUCCACUCGGAAAUGGGAGAGAAGCUCCCCACAAUUUAGAAAAGCUACAGAGGGAAUCCUCUGCAUCACUAAAGUAAUAUGCAAAUUACUUUAGGGAAGAAAUUAAAGGGAGAGUAAAAUUUAACCUUUUCUUUAUUUACACAAACAAACCCAAAAAUUUGCAAAUUUUCUGUGGAUCCCAAGGUAUUUUAUAAUUUUAGUCAAAUAUUUUUUAAUUUCAAUUUUCUUCAGUAAACCGUUGUAAGAAAAGGCAAACCAACAUGAGCCAGGUCUGAUGGUUCAAGCCUGAAAUCCCAAGUAGCUGGGAGGCUGACACAAGAGGACCCCAAGGUCAGUGCUUUAUAAUCUACAGUGUGCGUUCAGAUUAGCCUAGGCCACUCAUAAAAUAAGGGGUGAGGCUCUGUCUCAGUGGUCUAUUGCUCGAGUACAGCAUGCGUGAGGCCAGAGGUUCAAUCCGCUCUACUACAAAAAGGGCAGCAUGUGUUCUCCGGGUCUGUGUGGUUCUGCCUCCUGUCUGGGAAGAGGCUUAAGUGGUCCUUUGUGUCAGACCUGGUUGACAGAGAUGCUGUAGCAUCAGAAUUGUGCGCCAUCCUCCCCAGCAAUGUACCUGUCAGUGCUUGAGCACAGCCUGCCCUGCACUCACUUGAGGGACGGUAAGUUAGACAUUGUAGUGGAUUAGCCUGUAGGCUGGGAACGUAACUGAAGCAGCACAUCACAUGAAAACACAAACUCUAUCCCUCUCCACAAAUGUGCCUGUAGAUUUAGAGUACACAUGGCCGUCAGCUCUAGGUGGUUUCUCAGCUCGUUAGACCUCCAUCCAGGUUCUAGAACUGCCAAACCACUGGAUUCGGAGAGUGGUAAACUAUGUAUUGACGAUGCUUCCUCCUGAAAGUACAUCAGUGUUUCAAAAGUUGCUCAGAAACUAUUUCUGCAGGCUCCCUGCUACCUCCUCGGAUGACUUUUGUUGCUUUUAUUGAAUUUGCCUUUUUUUUUUUUUUUUUUUUUUUUGCAGAGUUUGAGACAAAUCUCUCUUGUUGAAGUAUCAGUGUACAUUUUGUUUCGAAGUCAUGAAGCAAAAAAGCACAGAUGUUGAACUUGUACAAAAACAUUUAAGAAUGUGUAGGGCACAUGAUGCAGUUGUCCCCUUUCAGGUGGGAACACAGUAAACCAUUUGCUGUUUCAUUUUUAUUCACGCUCAGAAGGCAGAGUGGACUUUUCUUUAAGACACAUACCCGUUGGAAGCUUUAAGAGACUCUUGAAGUCAUUUUCCCAAAGAAGCCUGCUAUUUUGUCUAACUGUGUCCCAGAACUGAGUAAGAACAAGGUGAGGCCAUGUUUGCUGAUGUGAUGCACAUUGUGAGACUUGACUCCUAUUGCCACUGUGCUCCCCUUGAACUCUACCAAUGGUUUCCAGAAAAUACUUGUUAUGUGUUUUUCCUUUGCAGAUAGAGCUGAGCCUGAUUCAAAUGAUUUUUUUUUUCUGGUUUUGUACUUUUUCUUUAGCUUUUGUAUUAUAGAUUAUCUUCAGUUCUUAGUCACUUACAUGUCUGGUAAAUCUUUGGAAGACAAUCAAGUAAAAUGUGAAAGUCCACUUUUGACCAAACCCCUUGGUUAUAUUGUUUUGCUUUAAUUCUUUGCUUGAAAAAUAUUCAAUACUUAAGUCACUGUGGCUUACUGGGUUUUUCUUUUCCUGAUAACACGAUUGACUAUAGAAAUAGAGAGACGGCAGUGUGGCAAGGACAGCCUUCGGAGGUUUCAGAAAAUUACACUAACUUGGCUGUCACUUGAUCCUUGGAACCAGCACAGAGAGUGUGAAUUCUGGUUGGCAUCUUUAUGAGAUGCUGUUUGUACAUCACAGUAUUCCUGUUGAGGGUAACAGGACUAGCCCAGUUAUUUUAUUCAUGUUUCACUGUUUGCACUUUCCAUUGAACAAUGUGUUGAUUCACGUAGAGAACGUAUAUAGUCCUUACGGUUACUGUGUGUUCUAUGUGUCUGCUUCUUCUCCCCCUGCCCUAGGGCGGGAGCAUUAAGUGGUUGUAGCCACAAAGCUGUGGCAAGGAAAAGUCAGAGCUUCCAUGCCUUGGCUCUAUUGUCACCUGAAGAGCAGCAAAGGGGAGGGGAAAAACAAGGCAGACAAGACCACUAGAGAGAACCCAGAGAUUAUGGGGGCACUGGAGGUUCCAGAUCCUCCAUGGAGAACUGACAGGGCUCUGUAAAAAGAAGUCGUUAAUUCUGUUGGGUUGAACUUGAAAGUCCUCGAACUGCAAAAAUCUAGGGAGUUGGAUGGUUAUAGGGUAUCUAGGUUAACUGUGGCACCAAUCUCAAUUAGACCAAUUUGUGUGUAGUCUCUCUCAUUUUUGGCACUGGGAAUGGUGAAAAUAAAAUGUAUUGAAAUACAGAAGUGAAAAUAGCUCGAGUGUCAGUGAUAUUCUCCCAGAAUGUAUUUUUCUUACCUCGGCAUGUACUGUAGUCACUUGAUAUUUGUAUAUGUUGCUAGAAUUUAGGCUGUUGAAAUAGUGAGAUUCUAAUGUGUUUUUAAUAAAUUAUAUAUAUAUAUA